UUGAUGACGCUAUUCACAUCAAUACGUCCCAUUUACGUUAGCUACAAUAAUCAACCGUCUCUGGUCUUGUUUGAGCUGACAAACAAUAUUCUAGUGCCGAAACGGCCCCUACCUUCGAUAAAUAUUAGGAUUUAUAUUGUUUUCAGAGACUAGGAAUCGACAGUAGAAGAGCAAGAUGUCGUACAUGUUACCACAUCUUCAUAAUGGCUGGCAGGUCGACCAAGCCAUCCUGUCCGAGGAAGACCGAGUCCUGGUGAUCCGCUUCGGUCACGACUGGGACCCAACAUGUAUGAAAAUGGACGAAGUGUUGUACAGCAUUGCUGAAAAGGUAAAGAAUUUUGCAGUUAUCUACCUGGUGGACAUCACAGAAGUACCUGACUUUAACAAGAUGUACGAGUUGUAUGACCCCUGCACUGUCAUGUUCUUUUUCAGGAACAAACACAUCAUGAUUGAUUUGGGCACUGGAAAUAACAACAAGAUCAACUGGACAAUGGAGGACAAGCAGGAGAUGAUAGACAUUAUUGAAACUGUAUACAGAGGAGCAAGAAAAGGACGAGGUCUGGUGGUGUCGCCAAAGGACUAUUCUACAAAAUACAGAUACUGAAUUUUUUAUUUUUUUUUUAAUGUCUGUCUAUUUUGAUCAGUGUUUUUUUUUUCUGACCAUUUGUCCUACAACAGAGAGACUUCAACCAUAAUCUUUUUAAAACAUUUUUGCUAUUGAAAUGGGACAGUAUUUUAAUUACUGGUCAUGAUUGCAUUAUAUUAUUCUAUUUUGUGUUUGUGUGUAAAUUAGCCUUCAGUUUGAAAUCUUCAAAAAGUGCAUUUCUUUUUACAGACUUAUUUCCAGGAAAUACAUGUUACAUGAACCAUAUGCAUUGUGAAAAUGCCAUAUUUAAGUGUUGUAAUAAACAUGGAUGGAUAUUUGCAUA